GUGGUGGGAAGAUAUUCACCGCGACCCUUUCUUGCAUUGUCUACUUGAGACAGUUUUACGAGCUACAUCAGAAUGGCGUCAGAUGCCAAUGCUUCCCCGGUCCCUGAGGUGGCAUCUAUUGCUUCCCCAAUAAAUCUAGUCCUUCUCUCCCUUUUUGUCGUCGUGGUGUAUAUGCAGUUCCGGCCCAAGGCCCCAGUUACCCUACCAAAAGACCAGGCUCCGGUUGUAUUCCGCACGUUCAAACCAACAACCCUGAUAGAGUUUAAUGGACAAGACAACAAACCUGUAUACCUUGCGGUUCGCGGAAAGGUUUUUGAUGUGAGCCCGGGGAGGAAUUUUUACGGCCCGGGCGGACCGUAUGAGAACUUUGCCGGCCGUGACGCUACUCGAGGAUUGGCUUGCCAGAGCUUUGACGAGGAGAUGCUCACAAAGGACCUUAAGGGUCCUUUAGAUGAUCUACAAGGCUUGGACGAAGAGCAACUAGACAACCUCAGGGGGUGGGAGGAAAGGUUUCUGGAGAAAUACCUGGUCGUUGGAAAGCUGGUCGCGGAGGGCGACCCGGAAGCUCCUAAAUAAGAGGCGGUAUGGUAGAUAACAUGACCAGCAAUGGCCGUGACUACAAAUUUCUUUGAACGCCAUUGACUCCUGCUGAUUUGACUUUCUCCGGCUGCUCCUUCUAUUUGUUUCCUGACCUGUUAACAAAAGAGAGGAGAAGUUACCACCCGGCCGCCAGGAAAUAGCCGUGGUGAAUACCUGGUUGGCUGAAAGUCCUGAAAAAUUGUAACUUUGGUAUGGUUGUAUAUCUGAGAUAUUACAAGAUCCCCUGGCCACUUCCCUUCCAUGAUAUGGAGGAUAAUUAUGGAUGAUAGUUAUUUAUUCC